AAAAAAAGAAAAGAUAACCAAAAAAGAAACAAAUUGUUUAACUAAUGUUUUUCCGAGACAAUAUACGUGAAAACUUGUUAAAAGAAGCGAAAACGGAGCAUUAAAGUGUGACUACAACCAGUCCGGAACCGGUCACGAUGGCAACUGAGAUUAUGAAAGGCUACAACGAUUUGCAGCAGGAGUUGGACCGUGCAAGGUGUAACCUAAAAGGCCUAAAUGAUAAUAUUCGGAGAAUAUUUGGACGCGAUCCGGCCAGUACGGAGCAGUAUAAUAACAAUGGUCGCGAAGAUGCCACGGGACCGUAUGCCCCGAACGGAGGAAACAAAAAAAGUCCCAUCGUAAAGGAGGCGUAUGAUUCCCGCAAGCGAAGCUCAGUCGGGUUCGAUUCACCUCAUGGGAUGGGACCGCGCCGGGACCACGGUAGAGCCUACCCGGACCCUAGCCAAAAUCCAGCCAAACGGCGUGCCAUAGGAGAAACGAAGUCCGUUUUCAGCCGUCUUUCCGGUCCUCCAAAUCGUGAUGUAGAUUACGAAAAGCCACGAAUUUUUUCCCGCGUCAUCAAGGAACAACCCUCUAAGGAGGACAUUGUGGCGGCGCAAGGUUCGGACGAACGGUCGCGUGCUCGUAACCGGCGCAUCUUUGGUUCACUGUUGGGUACGCUGCAAAAGUUCUCCCAGGAGGAAUCGAAACUGAAGUCCAAAGAGGAGAAGAAAGCAUUGAUUGAGAAGAAGCUGGAGGAGCAAGAAAAGAUGGAACGAGAGAACAUGCUCAAGGAGAAGCAAUGCCUGUUUACGGAUCGCAAGCGGCAACAGUUGGAAAUCCGUGCACUGGAAACCAAGGUGGCCAUGCUGAAAGCGCUGGAAAUGUGGGAAAACUCGAAACGACCGCUGCAGAACUUUAUCAAAACGAAAACCAACCCACCGAUUUACUACCUACCAAAGCGGAUGAAUGCUGCCAUGGAAAAGAAGCUGGCCGAUUGCCAGCAGGAGCAGCAAAAAAUGAUGGAAGAGAAGCGACAAGAAGUGAUGGAAAGCAUUGAAGCGGUGGAAGCACGGUUCAGAGCCGACAUCAAGUCGCUGGAGGAGCACGAUGCGAAAGAUCGUUCCAGUGGCGGUGGCUACGAGCGGGUAAAGUCUUCUGGUAACUUCGACGAAAGCAUCGGUGGCGGUUCAAAGCAUGAUCGAUCAAAGAUGGAAGAAGACGAUGACGACGAUGAUCCGCACAGUUCGUAUCAUUACGAGCAGGACGAACCGCUCGAAGUGGCCGAAGGGCCAGCCUUACCAGCAUCGAUGGUGUCAAGGUUUAAGAUUACGAUUCAUAACACUGACCAAAAGCAUGAUACUAUUGAACGACGGGAUAUUCCUUUGGAAGAGUCGAAACCUAUGCGACUAUUGCCUGCGGACCAAAUGGAGGAAGAAGCAUCCGUUAUGGAAAUGGAUGAGGACGCGGAUAGUCUCAGUAGACGCAAGACUUCCAUUGAUCGUUCGUCAAAGAGCAUUCAGAUCACGUUCCGGGCGUCCAACCCGGACGAUAAUUGAUCGUACCGUGUGAAGCGUUGUAAAAAUACAGGAAGAAAUUAGUCUCAUCGGCUCAGCUCUUCCGGGAUAGUACUACUCCGGUUAUUCGUACUACUCCGGUUAUUUUCGCAACAUUUUAUCUAGUUUUGAAGCUAUUACUGCAAUACAUGGAUUUGCUUUUAGAGUUGUCUCUCGGGUUGAACAGACUCACAAAUUGGAAAUACAAUUUUAGAAGCUUUGUACGCAGAUGUUCAUUCGCAACCAUUUCGAAUCGGACUGGUUAGAGAGUAGAGCCG